AUGGUGCGGUUCAUCAACAAUGCUCGAAGAAGUAAAGGUCAACGGAUCGUGACGUCGCUGAGCUCUGAAGAGCUUGGAAUUGCGGAAACUAUCAUAUGGCGGCUUAGUCAGCAAGAAUCAUUCCCGGAUGAGGUUUCUCAGUUGAAGCAGGCGAACGGCAAAGUAGAAAAAUCCUCAAAGAUCUACAAGUUAUCUCCUUACAUAGAUGAAAAUGGAGUACUUAGACAGAAUGGGCGUAUUGGCGCGGCAACAAACACCCGAUUUGACAUGAAGUACCCCAUUAUACUAUCGACGUAUCAUCCCACGACGCUCCUACUUCUAAAUCACUACCACCGCACGAAUCAUCACAUAAACUACGAGACGGUGGUGAAUGAGAUAAGGCAGAAUUUCUACAUUUCUCAUCUUCGGGCAGCUGUUCGGAAAACCGCCAGAUCAUGCCAGUGGUGCAAAAUACAUAAAUCACAACCAACUACACCGAAGAUGGCGCCACUACCUGCAGCGAGACUAGCAUCGUUUGAGCGCCCCUUCUCGUAUGUUGGUGUGGAUUAUUUCGGUCCAGUUCUGGUGAAAGUCGGACGAAGUCUCGCAAAGCGGUGGGUCGCCCUGUUUACAUGUUUAACUAUAAGGGCAGUCCACCUUGAAGUUGCGUAUACUCUCAGUACGGAGAGCUGCAUCACCUGUUUCCGACGAUUUAUCGCACGCCGAGGGGCACCCUUGGAAGUCUACACUGAUAACGGCACCAACUUUCAGGGGGCAGAAAGGUUGCUUAGACAGCAAAUCAGUGAGAGUCUGGCGGAGACGUUCACCAACGCCAAAACUAAAUGGUUUUUCAACGCUCCGUCGGCUCCACAUAUGGGUGGAGCAUGGGAGCGUAUGGUACGCUCCGUUAAGGUAGCUAUUGAGAGUAUAGACACUGGAAGAAAGUUGCACGACGAGGGUUUUCUAACGUUGCUUGCGGAAGCUGAAGCCCUGCGAGACUCACUCACACCAGCUUUUGUGACGCUACCCGAUGACAACAAACCGAGAACAAAUUAUGAGAACGUGGAUGAUUACCAGUGA